AUGGCCACGACAGAUGAAUACGCUCCGCCGCAGGCGGUCCCGGAUCUCUUUACUCGGCUUCCCGCGAUCCGUGAUACCUUGGAGACCAAGACUUCUCAGGUCCAGGAAGAAACCGUUCAGACGUGUUUGCCGUUUCUGCAGGGCGUGUCUGAUACGCUCUACGGCCCGUUCAAUGAGCAUGGCAUACCCAGUCUGUACAGAGAAACCCACGUCGCUUAUCUUUAUGAUGCUCUGGAAGACUAUCCAAGCGGGUUUGCCGCUCUUGAUGCGAGUCGUCCAUGGAUGAUCUACUGGGCGCUUAUUGGGCUAUAUCUUUUGGGAGAAGAUGUGACCCAACUUCGAAGGCGAGUCAUAUCGACGAUUUUUCCCAUGCAAAAUCGCACUGGAGGCUUUGGCGGGGGACACGGCCAAAUGUCGCAUUGUGCAUCGUCAUACGCCGUUAUCCUGAGCCUUGCUAUGGUAGGAGGACAAGAAGCGCUGGAGCUAGUUGACCGGGUAGCAAUCUGGAAGUGGUUAGGGCAAUUGAAGCAGGCGGAUGGUGGAUUUCAAGUCUGUCUUGGAGGCGAAGAAGACGUUCGAGGCGCAUAUUGUGCAUUGGUGAUGCUGGCGCUACUCGGACUUCCGGUUGAACUGCCCCCGGAUGCACCAGCACGGGAAUUUGGGCAUGACACGUUUCUGAGCGGGUUGCCAGAAUACCUUUCUACAUGUCAAACGUAUGAAGGCGGUAUAUCUGGAAGCCCCAAAUCGGAAGCACAUGGCAGCUACACCUUUUGCGCACUCGGGGCGUUGUGCCUCAUGGGUAGCCCAUCUCAAAUGAUUAAUAAGUAUCUGGAUGUCCCUCAGCUGGUAUCAUGGCUGUCAGCAAGGCAACAUGCCCCUGAAGGCGGAUUUUCGGGGCGUACGAACAAAUUGGUAGAUGGAUGUUACAGCUUUUGGCUGGGAGGUUCCUGGCCAAUGGUACAAGCUGCCUUGAACGGCACGCAGGCAAGCUCGAACGAUCCUCAACCCCGUUUUGGGAGCCUUUACAGCCGUGAGGGUUUGACAAGAUAUAUUUUGGGCUGUUGUCAAUCUCCGCAUGGAGGGCUGCGUGAUAAACCUGGAAAACCAGCCGACUCUUAUCAUACGUGUUACACUCUCGCUGGCUUAAGUAGCACUCAAAACUACCAUUUUGACACUGCCGCAGGGCCCACCGAGCGCGACCCAUUCUCCUCCGCAUUCUCAUGGUCUCAUGCCCCGCUUACGUCGAAGACGGAUAUCGAACCUGACGGGGUGGUGUUCCAUGAAAGGGACCGGCUCGCUGUCCUGCACCCCCUCUUUGCUAUCCCUCACUCUGCGGCAGAAGGCAUGAGAUCCUGGUACGAUGCACGUCCAAGCCCAGAAUUCAAUAUACAUCCUUGA